AUGGACAAAUUUGCUACAGUGCACAACUCAGUAGCUGACCAACUGCUCCACUUGGAGGAGCGUCUGACCAGACACGAGGUGAAAUUAACAGACCUCGGAAGAGCGUUCCCGCAGGAACAAUCUCAAGGGAGACCUACCAGCAUACGCCACUGGCCUGUUUUGCACCUUGUGCCUGGAUUUGCCAGCAGAUUUAUUCCUAUUGGACAGAAUACACCAAGUGGCAAAA